GCCUGCUUACUGGUGGUGCUGAUGAUAGUUCGAGCCUCGAGGCUUUAAGCCUUUAAGUUCCAUAGAUAAGGUAAAGGAUUCAUUAAUUUUUAUUAUUCUCUUCAGUGCUGCAGCUGUUACACUAUAGGAGUGGAUUUGCAAAAGUGUGCAUUUUAGGAUACAGAAGGCUGCUGGAAAAUAAAGACAAAGAAGAGUGUUGCAGCAGUUGAUAUAGGCCAGAAAUGAAACUUUUUGAUGCUCAUUGUCAUCUCCAAGACCCUAAGAUCUUUAAUAUGGUCCCACAAUUAAUUAGGACCACUCUUGAUACAGGAGUGGUUCAUUUUGCGGUGAACGGUGUGUGUGAGAAGGAUUGGCACAUAGUCAAGGAGAUGAGCAACAGCUAUCCUUGUGUUGUUCCAAAUUUCGGGAUCCAUCCCUGGUUCAUUGCCGAGAGGACACCUAAUUGGUUGAAAACAUUGAAGGAAUACUUUGAGGCUACACCUGAAGCUGCGGUUGGUGAGAUUGGUUUGGAUAAAGGUUCAAUGGGAAAGAAGAUUGAUUUUGCUGAUCAGGUUGAAGUCUUCCGCCAACAACUUCAGCUAGCCAAAGAGUUGAAAAGACCCGCGUCUAUUCAUUGUGUCCGAGCUUAUGGGGAUCUUCUUGAGAUACUGAAAUCUAUGGGUCCGUUCCCUUCUGGAGUUAUCCUUCAUUCUUUCCUUGGCUCUGCUGAAAUGGUUCCUGAAUUUGCUAAGCUUGGUGCUUACUUCUCGUUCUCUGGGUUUCUGAUGUCUUUGAAAGAAAGCAAGGCAAAGAAGAUGUUACGUUCAAUUCCUAUCGAAAGGAUUUUGUUGGAGACAGAUGCACCCGAUGCUUUUCCAAAAUUAAACAAUCCAGACACUUUGUUUUUGAUAGAAGAGGAAACCUCUGCUUCUAAAGAAAGUGGUGGUGAAGGACAAAUUCCAAUUCCUGAAACUGAUAAUUCCGCCAAAACUUUGCCUUCUUCGUCACUGCCAAAAGAAACCCUAAACCAUCCAGCCAACAUCCAUCAUGUUCUUCACUACGUAGCAUCUUUACUUGAUAUGAGCAAAGAAAAACUCACUGAUUUAAGCUUUUCAAAUGCAAGGCAGCUGUUCUCAUACGAAGGUUCAAAAGUGCAGCAGUGAGGAUACCUCUCUCGUUGAUAUGUGCAUUUUAGCUUCGAGAUUAGUUCAGAUUGCUUUCUCUUAAAGUAACCGAGGCACACACUGUCUGUGCCUGAGCCCCCUGGAUCUUCUUCAUACUUGUAUUGCAAGACAUGUUAACUUCAAAAUAGAGUAAGGUAACAUGCAUGUUGGUGUUGAAAUUUUGUGCAUUUGCGUGUGCGAGGAAAUGGGCAAAAGUAAUCCAAAUAUUUAAAGUGAUGGGUCGUUUCUUGCUUACCAAAUAACCUACCUGAUGUAUAUGUAUCUGGUUUUAGCAUGGGCGGUUACAUGCUUUCGUGGCGAGUUGUGCAUUGGAAGAGAUAAAGAUGAAACUUGAAAGGGAAAGGGAUGAAGAUGAAGAUGAA